AUGUCCCCAGACAUAUUGUCUACUAACGACGAAGAUAGAAAACCUCUUAUGGUGACUGAAGACACAGAUUUGGAUUUUCUUACAAAUUCCUCCAUGGAAAGUUUAGGUUUCAUCGGGCAACCAUUACAAGUCAAUACUUCUUCCGUGAGCACUUCAAAUCCGUUUGCCUCAUUUGAUGAUGUGUUUUAUCAUGGAAACAGUAAACCCACUUCAAGGAAUAAUAGUUAUAAAAGAGUAAAUAAUCAUACAUAUUAUCCAAGUGUGGGAGAAUUAUUUUGGAAAGAAGGUCAAAUGUAUAGCGACGUAAGAUUAUCAUUUGAGGAUCGUGGGAUUUUAGCAGCAAGAGCAGGUAUACCUACAGAAUUACGUUUACACUCUCUCGUGUUAUUUCAAUCACAAUUCUUUAAGGAACAACUCUCGGUAACUUCUGCGGCCAUACCUUCCUCUCCCGCUUCAAAUAUAAUUAAGGAAAAACAAAUUAUAGUACGAUUACCUUCACGUAUUACGGAAGAGGAUAUAAUAAAUUUUUAUACUACUUUAAAAUUAAUGUACACAAAAAACUGGGACGUGGAAUUGGCAAAUAAUUUAACAAAAGGUGUCGGUUGUCUGUCCGUAUGUUGUGAAAUAGGGUUUCAUGAGGGGAUAGAGACUUGUUGGAAAUGGUUAGUUAGUAAAUGUAAUCGUGAUAAGAAUAAAGAGAUGAUGAGAAGGUUGAUUGAAGCUUAUCCGAAUUUACAUGAACAAUUUUCAGAACCCGAUGAGAAGAUCAAUCCAAAUGUAUUUGCUUCAACAUCUUAUCAAAACUCGAGUAAAAGUAAAAGAAAUUCCCCUACUCAUCGUCAUUCUUCUCGUCGUUCAAAUAAAUCUCGUCGAAGAACAAAUUCCAGUGGAAAUGGCAAUUUUAAUAACAGACAAUCAGUUCCCCCAAAGAUUAAAUUAAAUCGUGGUGAUGCCUCAAUGUUAAGCGCUUCUUCAACCUCCCCUGCUCCUACAAUACCUUCUAAUUCGACUACUUUCCCUCCCUUACCUCCAACCUCUCCACCUUCAAUAUUCAAUAACUCUCGUAUACUUAACACAUGGAUAACGAAUUUCGAGUCUUAUGCUAUAUCGUCAAAACGGGCAUGUUCUAAAAUGCAAAUCGAAUCAAGAAAAGAUAAUAAAUGUUUCCCAUUCCUUGAACAUUUCGUUUCAAUAUUUGAUUCUAUUAAUCAAUUGGGUAGAGCUAAGCAUAUAAAUUCCCCCGAAGCUCUUGAUUACACAUUGCGCAUGUUAAAUGUAAUCAAAAUCGAGCAUGCUCAUUUUCAUACUUUACAUAUGCCAUCACAGAAUAAACGACUGAAACCUUUCAAAUCUUUCAAAUCUCUCAAAUCUUUCAAUCGAUCGCUACUUCAUGAAUCAUUGGACGAACCUUUAUCACAGAUAAUUAAAAAUAUUUUGGCUCCAUUAGAACAGAAACAUUUAUGCGAUUAUUUAUGGGCCCCUUCAAAUAUUUCAAAUUUAAUGCAUUUGAGAGAAAUAAGGAGUGAUGAUGAGGACAAUAUGGAAGAAGACGAGUUCGUUGGGUAUGAUCAAAUGAUGGGUGAAAUUAGUUUGGUAAAGGCUUCACGUGUAAGUAAAAUUGAGCAUAUGGUUGUUGGUGACAAAAUGGCCAAAUGUAUGAGAGAAAUUCGUUCAAAUACCUCAAAAAAUUAUCGUUCUUCAUGA